CGAGCCCUCUUUUAUUACUGUUUACCUCUACAUGGGCAACCGAAAGCGGCUGCAGCGAACAUCUUUGCGAGCCCGCGGGCUGUGGUUGAGUUAUUUUGAUAUCCUGGCAGCAUGUCAAUUAACAAAUUGGUCAUCCAUUGCCUUACUGCCUCCCCCGAGCAUGAGCAUGAACAUCCCAGAGCCAGGAGCGGCCCACACCGGUUCGAGUGGGACGGGGCUCAUACUCGUGCUCAUUAUCACCUUCAUCCUGGCUGACUUCUUCCCGCAACUCGACCCGAGCCGCGAACGAGAGGGGGACCCGCUCAUGCAGCCAGUUUUCGUUUAUGCCAAGGAACAAUAUCAAAAGUCGCUGGUUUGUCAUAUAUACAUAUAUAUAUAUAGCUAGGUCAUAAAUGUCAUCAGGUCGUAAGGCGUGAUAGCGAUAGGUCUUAUGUACAUAUCCACCCACCAUUUGCCCACCUUCUUCAUCUGAAUGCUAGAAUCCCGCACCUC